UGAGGGGAGAGGGGGCUGCUUUCAGUAACACUCUUCUCUAUGUUAGGGCGAAAACAGCUGCAUAUCUAUGCACUACCUGAAGAGUUUUUAUUCGCUCGCAUUAUAGAAAAAAAAACAUAGAUGCGUUUUCUGUUGUAAUCUGGCUCUCACAGGGGAUAGAAAUUAUUCAAACCACGGUAAGAUCGGCUUUAGCUGGUCGGUUAAGGUAGAGCUUGUUAGCUAGUUUACAUUAGCCAGCAGCUACCAAUAGAUUUACGGCUUAUAUCCGAGCUUGUCCUGUCAGGUAGAUCAACUGAAGCCCGAGCUGCUCUUCAGCCACGAUGUGUUUGUCAGUCAAUCAAUUUAUAAGUUCUGACAUUUGUAAAUAAGUUGUCUUUUUUGUUUUGGGGCACACACCAACACAACCUUUGUUUGGUUUAUGCGCAGCCCGGCUGGUUUGGCCUGUUUCAUUGUCUCCGAACACUGAAGCUGUGUUUUUUUUUUCUUCCUCUGGGUUGUUCACUGAGGUUAGUUUAGCAGAGUCCAGGUACACAAAGCUGCCCGCACUCGACCCCAGAUCAUCUUAAAGGCUACGUGGUGCACAAUGGCGCAACAUGACUCCUCUCAUGUAGCCAGUUCACAGAAAGCACUCAUGUUGGAAAUGAAGAGCCUUCAGGAGCAGCCUGUGGAGGGAUUCAAAAUAACACUGGUGGACGAGGCUGACAUGUACAACUGGGAAGUGGCCAUUUUCGGACCCCCAAACACUCACUAUGAAGGGGGGUAUUUUAAGGCUCGGAUCAAGUUCCCCAUAGAUUACCCAUACUCCCCACCUGCCUUCCGAUUCCUCACCAAGAUGUGGCACCCAAACAUCUACGAGAACGGAGAUGUGUGUAUCUCCAUAUUGCAUCCUCCAGUGGACGACCCGCAGAGUGGAGAGCUGCCUUCAGAGAGAUGGAAUCCCACCCAGAAUGUCCGCACCAUUUUGCUGAGUGUUAUCUCACUACUGAAUGAACCCAACACCUUCUCUCCUGCCAAUGUGGAUGCCUCGGUCAUGUACCGCAAAUGGAGGGACAGCAAGGGCAAGGACCGAGAAUACGUAGAAAUCAUCAGGAAACAGGUAUUAGCCACUAAGGCAGAAGCUGAGCGCGAUGGUGUGAAGGUGCCCACCACGCUGGCCGAGUACUGCGUCCGCACACGUGCCCCAGCCCCCGAUGAAGGCUCCGACCUCUUCUAUGACUAUUACUAUGAUGACGACGAUGUGGAGGACGGGGAUGGAGACUGCUGCUACGAUGAGGACGACUCUGGCAAUGAGGAGUCGUGACAUGCUUUUUGACAGCAUCCCCUCGAAUCUAGCUGGCCUAUUGCUAAACCUCCUUUCUGUCUGGGUUUCCAGAAAUUCAAGGUUAACAACCGAGAACACGUUAAGGCUUUCCCAUUCUAAACUCAUAAAAAAGGGGUGUUAUUUUCCUGAGCCCCUAAAGGCUUUUUUUUUUUUCUAAGGUGAAAAUUGAUGCACUGUUGCAGAAGGGUCAGACCUGGUUUAUUUGCACCAGCACAAACGACAUUGAGUUUCUUAAUUUUUCCCAACAAGUUCUUUAUCACCUAAAACCUUCAAAUGUAAGUUGUUCGGUCCCCUGUAUACUCUCUGGUGUUGUGAGGUUAAUACCACUGUUAACAAUAGCAACAUUUGCACUGGUGCAAACACAUCCAACCUUAGCUCAGCGUCUCUUUCAUAUCCUCCCCCCCCCAAUUGUAACUGUGUGUCACUCACAGUAGUUAGUCUCUGUGACUAACAGAAGUUUGAGGACUUUAUGCAGCCUGUUUGUGCUGAACUGCAAACAGGCUGAAACAGACAUUUCCUGCGUUGCUCCUGUCGGACCGGAUGUCAGGACGAUGUUUUCAGUGUUCUUGUGCAUGCCAGAACAUCUUUGGAAGCUUUUCGUCUCUUUUACUGGUGGACUCCUUACCUUCAUCAUGAUCUGGUAAAGACAGACUUCUGUCAUUGGAGAUCUCGGAGAACUUUCUAUCUGGAGGAUCUUCUGGCAAGCUGAGUCAGUGAGUCAACGCCGCGUGUGGACAUUUUUAGGUAACAUGAAAUUGAUCUUUGCUGUGUGUGUGUUUUUUUUUCUUCUUUUAACUGUUGGAUGUGUUUCUCUGUAAUUGAGUGUGGGGUUGUGUUAUUUGAAGUAGCUCAGAUUUAACAGUUGUGUAGGAUGACUAAGUUUUUCAGGGGGAUGGGGUGGAGGCAAAACUAAUUACAGAUCAGUUUCUCCUCAAGUUUUCUCUCCGAGAGGCCUGACGGAGCCAAAGACCUAAAGUUAUGUAAAAGAAAGCCCAAAAUGUUAUGACUUAGUCUUUGUUGGCUCUCUUGCAGCUCUAUUAUUUUAGUCUUAUUUCUUUGGUUUGACAUUACGCCUUGCGUUCUUUGCUUGAGAAUGAUUUAUGUGAUCAGAUUGUUAGGUUUGCUUUGUCCAAAAGCUGUUCCACAGAAGUAUCAGACAGGACUCUCAACAUUUUUGUCAGUGGGGUUUGGAAGGGUUUCAAUGGGAUUUUUAGAGUGCAUGUGUGUCUUCUUUUGUGUAUGCAUAAGCAACUUUGAUUGUUUGAUUUACAGAAAUUGGGACUUCAUGCUGAAUUUCUCAGGAUAAUGAAUUACAUUUGACAAAACAAUGACGUCAAGCAACCAUUUCCCUCCUGUCAGUGGUCUUCAGAGUUGGUUUACAGCUUUAACGGGACCCAUUACUGAUAUGCACAUGUAGCUGUAUGAAUGAUCACUGUAUUGUAUGAUCACCUGUCUUUUACCUAUCUUUAAUUUCUGGCUAUUUAAAUGGAAAAAAAAUAAAGAUUUAUUGGGGAAAAAGA